AUGGUUUACAUCGUUGAUCAACCAUACGCCAUUGAUCGAUUCGAACAACAAGUAACCACUGCGGUGUUCAUGAACCCGGACGCAACUCAAGAUUCCAUUUCAUUCGUGGACGGGAUUGAUCAGCCUAACAACACCAAUCUUAGCAUGUACGGAACUUAUCCAUGGGCCAAUUGGACAUCAAUGGAUUAUACAUACAGAUUUUUCAUUAAUCCAGUAAAAGUGCAAGACACACUAAAAUACCACCUUCAAUUCUUCAACAGCAUUGAGCCACUUCAAGUAAGAAGUCGAAUAUGGUAUCUUUACUCCAAAGGAGGUGUCAAAUUUGAAAUUAAAAACAGUAAAUACGAUCAUAACCCAAAAACAACAAAGGCAUUCACAACAACGGGUUUGGUGAUGUGCGGAGCACAAUGCCAAGCCGAAACUAUAUUAUUCCAAAUGAAUCCAAACAAUAAUCGGACUGUUGGUUUUCAGCUUUACGGUGAAUUAACUUCAGGCCUUAACAUUACAUUCAUUUCGGGAAUCGCGAUGAGCAGCGCUUCUUUCAUAAAAGGAACUCAAGUGGUUGGAAUGUCAACUGAACUAUCCGCUGAUUAUAUGUACGUCGGACCGAAUGGAAAUGAGCAAGGAAAAUAUUAUGUGCAAUAUUACGGAAUUGCCAACUCCAAAGUCCUUCAUUUUCCAUUAAGUCAUGCUUUCAAUCAAGUGUUUGAUGUUGAGGUGAGAUCGUGUCAUCCUUCUAGGUCGAAAUCUCAGGUUCAGAUUAAAUCGAAGCUUUUCUUUUCAUCGAGUAGCCCAAACGAUCAAAUUUCUCAAAUUCAACUAAUCGCCGGCAACGAAGUUAUUCAAAUGCGCGAUUUCUACAAUUUUGUAAACGACGACAACUCAAAAGUUGCUCUCAUAAUGGAAACUGAGCAAAUUUACUUCAACACAACUUUAGAUAAACAUCAAAUAAAGGAUUUACAAGGUUAUGUGUACGUAUGCACAAAAGAGCAAGGCGAAAACUCAAACUUCAAGGUCUUCGAUGUAAACGAUUCAUUCUUUUUGAAAACUAAUGUGACUAGUGAGACCAAUACAAUGGUUUUCAUCAAUUUUCCGCCAAACACUUCCGACAUUUCUUACCAACCACGCCUCUCAGCAAAACUUUCGGGAUUGAAGUUAGCUGAUGGCGGAUCAUUUAGACUAUAUCGCGGAGUGCCACCAGCGUCGAUGAGCGAGAAUGAUUAUGAAGACGUGAUGUUCCAAAUGCCAAUUGUUCUCGACGGAAAUGUUUACUACAUCAACAAUAUUGAGCAAAUGCAGAUCAACUUUGAAAUUUGGUAUAUAACCAAUCAUAUUGGAUUUGAGAUGAAGCUGGAUCGAGCUUGGGAUGAUCCCGAGCGACUAAAUAUCACUGGAACAAGUGUUACGGGAUUGAUUACAUGCGAAAAGGUUCCCGAAAAUGUUCGAGUUUCAAUUCCGCUUCCCGACGAUCCAGACGGCACACAUUCCGGAUUUUUCGUAUCAGCCAACCCAAUUCAUUAA